UUUGAUUAUUUUAGCAAAUGCACAUACUGUAAAUUUAGCUGAUAUACUUGAACCGAUGAUACUAAAAAAAAUUGAUUCGUACACAGUUACAAACCCUGCAUCAAAACCUCACUUGUUCAAAACCCAGCAUUGCCCAAAACCAAAACCUCAGCCCUUCAGCUGCGUUAGCGUAGCGAGCAAGCCGAUUUCCUGUUCAGUCCCUCACCUAUCUCUCCCGCACGCGGAACAAUGGCGGAACCCAAAGUUAAAUACGAUCGUCAACUCAGGAUAUGGGGUGAUCAGGGACAGGCUGCCUUGGAGAAAGCCAGUAUAUGUUUACUUAAUUGUGGGCCUACUGGUUCUGAAACUUUAAAGAAUCUUGUUCUUGGUGGGGUUGGAAGUAUCACUGUUGUUGAUGGAUCUAAAGUGGAAGUUGGUGACCUUGGAAAUAACUUCAUGGUGGAUGAAUCAAAUGUCGGACAAUCCAAGGCAAGAUGCGUAUGCUCAUUUCUUCAAGAGCUAAAUGAUGCUGUUAAAGCCAGAUUCAUAGAGGAGUAUCCAAAGGAACUAAUUGAGACAAAUCCUUCUUUCUUUUCACAAUUCACCUUGGUUGUUGCUACACAGUUGGGUGAAGAUUCAAUGGUGAAAUUGGAUAGGAUCUGUCGGGAGGCAAAUGUCAUUUUAGUAUUUGCACGGUCCUAUGGACUCACUGGCCUUGUCAGGAUCAGUGUGAAGGAACAUACUGUGAUCGAGUCAAAGCCUGAUCAUUUUCUGGAUGACCUUCGGCUCAAUAAUCCGUGGCCAGAACUGCAAAGGUUUGCUGAAACAAUUGAUCUGAAUACAUCUGAUCCUGUAAUUCAUAAGCAUACCCCAUAUGUUAUCAUUCUUGUAAAGUUGGCUGAGGAGUGGGUCAAAACUCAUGAUGGAAAACUUCCAUCAACCAGGGAAGAGAAAAAGGCAUUCAAGGAUUUUAUUAAAUCCCGGAUGACUGCAAUAGAUGAAGACAACUACAAAGAAGCAAUGGAAGCUUCAUUCAAAGUGUUUGCUUCUCGUGGAAUUAGUUCAAGCGUUCAGCAAAUAAUUAAUGACAACUUUGCUGAAGUAAAUUCUAAUUCAUCAGAAUUUUGGAUAAUGGUGGCAGCUUUGAAGGAGUUCAUAGCUAAUGAAGGCAAUGGAGAGGUACCUCUUGAGGGAUCAAUACCAGAUAUGACCUCCUCCACAGAGCUAUAUGUAAACCUACAAAAUGUCUACCAAGCCAAAGCUGAGGCUGAUUUUCUUGCUAUGGAGCAACGUGUGAGGGAUAUACUAAAGAGAAUUGGUAGAGAUCCAGGUAGCAUCUCAAAGGCAAACAUAAAGAGCUUCUGUAAAAAUGCAAGAAAGCUCGCAGUUUGCAGAUAUCGCUCCAUUGAGGAGGAGUUCAACUCUCCUGCCCAACCAGAGUUGCAGAAGUAUCUCACAGACGAAGAAUAUAGGAAUCUACAAGAAGCGAACCCUAAAGUCCUUCCUGAAAAUAUUGCUGUGGGUUUCUAUAUUUUGCUUCGAGCAGCUGACCGCUUUGCUGCUAACUAUAAUAAAUUCCCGGGGCAACUAGACGGUGAGAUGGAUGAGGACAUAUCCAGGUUGAAAACUACUGCCGUCAGCCUACUGAAUGACUUAGGUUGCAAUGGCUCCACCUUGACAGAGGACCUUAUUAAUGAGAUGUGCAGAUAUGGUGCUGCUGAACUUCAUGCUGUAGCUGCCUUCAUUGGAGGAAUUGCAUCACAGGAGGUGAUCAAGCUAAUCACAAGGCAAUUUGUUCCAAUGCCCGGGACAUUUAUCUUCAAUGGCAUUGACCACAAGUCUCAGCUGUUGUUCCUGUAGUAUUUGAUAAGUGGUCGGCAAGGUGUUACUUCAUUCGAUGGAGUGAGUGCAAAACUUUUUGGCACAACUAUUUUUAGUAGAUGAACUUCAUCAGUGGAGGUGUGAUCAGUGUUGUUGAGGAUACAUCAAAGUUCCAUUGCUUCAUUUGCUAAGAAAGUGGAAGGAGCUUGCGGCUGAGUAAAAAUUGUAAUGCUUACGCACCAUUACUGGUUUACUAAUGAACCCUCCGAUAUACAGCAUUUAGUUAAUUUUCAAAGAAUAUCUCCCAAAAUAGAUGCAUCUGCACGAUC